AUGCCGAUCCCCUCUCAGCCUCCAAACCGCCGAGGCUUCAACGUGGCUAUCGUCUGCGCCUUGUCCUUGGAAGCCGAGAAUGUACGAUCUGUGUUCGACAGAUGUUGGGAAGAUGAAGGCAAACAUUACGCAAAGGCCGAAGGGGAUCGGAACGCAUAUACAACAGGAACAAUUGGAAAUCACAAUGUAGUCCUGGCCCACAUGCCGUACAUGGGCAGCACCAGUGCUGCGGCUGUAGCGGCCAGUCUACGUUCCAGCUUUCCAGAGGUCCGGCUUGCCUUGGUGGUAGGGAUUUGCGAGGUUAUACCUGUCCAUACUAAGACUGAGGAAGAAAUUAUCCUAGGAGACAUCAUCAUCAGUACAGCGGUCAUCCAAUAUGAUUUUGGCAGGCAGUACCCGAAUGGAUUUCUAAGAAAAAGAGACAUUGAUGACAGCUUAGGGCGCGCAAACCCGGAAUUCCGAGCAUUCAUCAACAUGUUACAGGUACGCCGCAACAGGGAAAGAUUGAGAAGAAACCUGCAAGAACUUCUCCGAUCGGAACGCUUCCAGGGAGAGUCUGUUGCCGCAAAGUAUCCCGGUGAAUCGCAAGAUCCUAUCUGGCAUGUGCCCUUUGAUGAGUUGCCGGACUUUGUCGGGCGGAUAACUGAGCUCCAACAUCUGAAGUCAAAGAUCUUCCAACCCGAAACUCGGCGAGUCAUACCUAUAGUCGGGUUGGGAGGUGUGGGUAAGAGUCGACUGGCAAUGACCCUAGCCUUUCAGACUAAAUCGGAGCAUCCAGAAUACUCGAUCUUUUGGGUCAACGCCACCAAUAUACUGACCUACGAAAAGGAUAUCCGCGAAAUUGGACAGAAACUCAAGAUUCCUGGAAUCGAUGACGAGAAAGCAGAUAUCAAGGCCCUCGUGAAGCAGCGUCUUAGUGUCCCCUCGAAAGAGAGAUGGCUCUUGAUACUCGACAACGCCGACGACGAGACAUUAUGGGGCCCCCAAGCGAGGCAGAGCCAACAGGGAUCAUCCCUAGGGGAUUACUUACCGACGACAAUGAACGGUUCUAUUGUCAUAACAACACGUACACGACGCGUUGCGACAUUCCUUGCCAGGAAGGAUAUGAUUGAACUACAUGAACCCUCGCCGGACGAAGCUACAGACAUGUUUAUGAAGGAGCUUGGAGACUCCCACCCAGCAGAAGACCGAGAUACAAUCUUAAUCCUAGUUCAAAAGCUGGCUUGUCUCCCCCUCGCGAUUGUCCAGGCUGCUUCAUUCAUCGCCCAGACUCAACGACCUGUUCAAACCUAUAUUGAGCUUCUCGACCAGCCCGAGUUAGACGUUAUCAAGCUCCUAAGUCGAGACUUUGGGGAUCCUUCACGAUAUCCGAGCGCUAAAAACCCGGUCGCUUCUACCUGGCUUAUCUCGUUCGAUCACAUCCGCCAGCAUCAUCAGCUAGCAGCAACAUUCCUGUCCUAUAUGGCGUGCUUCAAUGAGAAGAAUAUCCCCCGGUCACUGCUACCGGAGGCAAGUUCGGAGUGCGACAAUAUCGAUGCUAUUGCCGUUCUCACGGCAUACUCAUUUGUGAGAAGUCAUAUAGGGGCAUACAAGAACGGUCGUACGGAGGAGCUGUACGAUAUACACCGACUAGUCCGGCUGGCCGCUCGGAAUUGGCUCAAGAUGGAAGGCUUGCUCACUGCUCAGACAGCCACCUGCAUUAUAAAGAUAUCCAAGGUCUUACCUUCUACGGAAUACGAGAACAAAAGCAUUUGGACGCUGUGCCUUCCGCACGCUCAACGCCUUUGUAAUGAAGGCGAGGCUAGGGACCUUCCCGAGCGUGCAUCGCUACUUGCUAGGAUGGGCUACUACUAUAUUGGUGAUGGGAAGUACAGUGAAGCAGUGGAAAUCUUUACUGAAGCAGCAAAAUUGAAGGAGACUGAAUUGGGUCCUCUAGACGAAGAGACACUGACGGCCUCUGCCAUCCUUGGGAUCGCCCUUUUGUAUAAGGGCGAUCUUUCUGCUGCUGAGAGGUAUCUUUGCCUGGCCCUCGAACCACUCAAGGAAAAGCGCGGUGUGGAGGAUUCUGAUGUGCUCCGUAUUAUGGAUAGACUGGCGACGACAUACAUCUUUCAGGGGCGGCUUGGAAAGGCUGAAGCGCUAGCACUACAUGCACAUCAAACCCAAAGAAGGACUCUAGGAGCUGAGCAUAUUGACACACUCAGUAGUAUGCUCAACCUAGCGCAGCUUUAUGAACAGCAAGCUCGAUGGACGGAGGCAGAAGAGCUGCACCUUGAGGCCGUCAAGACCUGCAAGAGGCUGUUUGGAGUAGAACAUUCCCGACACGCUAGUUUGGCCAAUCUUGCAACGACCUACGUCCAGCAAGGCCGAGUGAAGGAGGCAGAAGAACUGUAUAUGCAGGCUCUAGAGGCGAUGAAGAGGGUACUAGGGCUAGAGCAUCCCGAUACACUGACUUGUCUGACCUUGCUUGCGGUAGUCCGUCGCAAGCAAGGCCGGGCGGAUGAUCCAGAAGAGCCAGCAGAGGCUCUAGAGACAAGGAAGAGGGUGUUAGGACCAGAUAACGCCACCACACUGUACAGCAUCUAUCUCCUGGCUCUCUACUGCAAAGAUCAAGAUCGCGAGGAUGAAGCAAUGGAGUUGGCGACUUCCGCCGUGGCAGGAUUGAUCAAGGUAUUCGGUCGCGAGCAUCCUGCAACCCGAGAAAUAACGGAGACCCUGGAGUCCUGGCAGAAAGGGCGUGAUCAACCAACGGUCCCACCUGAAGCUGAGCCGAGUGCUGGUGCUCUCCAGCACGAAACACGUUCGAAUGGUGGCACGAGGGAAAGGUAA